UACACUUAUCCAGAUAAAAGAAUUAAUAUACAGGGUGAGUUGAAAUUAUUGCAGGACGCUACUAUAUUUCUUCUAACAUUACGCCCUAGAACAUAAAGUUUUGAAUUAUCCUGUCCUUAUCCUUGGUGAUUUUAAUUUGCCUGAAUAUAUUAAGGCGCCUGGUAUGUCAACCAAAUGUGGAAAAACGGAGUUAUUUCGUAACUUUUGUGAUUUUCUGGACCUUCGCCAACUCAAUCAUGUACUGAACUGUGACAAUCGUCUAUUGGAUUUGGUUCUGACAAAUACUGACCAUCAGUUUGAUCUUGUUCAUGAUGAUUGUCCCUUCGUCUACGAGGAUCAGUACCAUCCUGCCUUAGAUAUUACAAUGAAUUUACUGACGGCAAAUGAUGGUUUGCCGAACUUUCCGUCUUUGGGUGGUCGAUAUAAUUUUCGAAGAGCCAACUUUCCUGGCAUGUAUGAUAAACUACUUUACACGGAUUGGUCUUUUCUAAAUGUGGAGGUUAAUGCGGAUGAUGCUUUGCGAGCUUUUUAUAAAAAGUUGUAUGAGAUUUUGGAUUUAUUUGUUCCUAAGAGAUUGAGUCGGGGAUCCUCAUACCCUAUUUGGUACACCCCAGAAAUUAAGCGGCUAUUAAAGUUGAAAGAGUAUUAUAGGAGGAAGUGGAGGAGAAGCAAUAGUGCUUUCUAUUCAGCGGAAUAUAAAAGACUGAGAUGUUUGACUAAACAGAAAAUCUCUGAUGCGUAUACUUCCUUUACUAUUAGUGCUGAACAAUCGCUUAGUUCUGAUCCCCGUAACUUUUGGAAUUAUAUAAGACAGAAAACAACGACCUCUCGACUUCCUGGAAAAAUGAUGCGUGAUAAGUCCACCUACACUGAUCCUGAAAAAAUAGUUAAUGCUUUUGCAGAUCAAUUCUCUGGAGUAUAUUCUGGUGUCUCUGCUUAUAACAUGGUUGAUAACAGAUUAUUUACAAGAUGAUUUAUCCACAGGUUCAGUCAUUUGUGUCACCAUAUCAGCAUGGGUUUAUCAAGCGUCGUUCGACCAUUACCAACCUCGCGGUGGUUACUGAGGUAAUUUGUGAAUCUUUGGAUAGGGGCGGUCAGGUAGAUGUGGUAUACACUGAUUUUUCUAAAGCAUUCGACAUGAUUCAUCAUGACGUCCUCUUGUAUAAACUUAGUGCUUUUGGCUUAUCUCCUAAGUUUAUGAAACUAUUUGCCUCUUACCUAUCGGGUCGUAUAAAUUAUGUGUACUACAACGGUUAUGCGUCUAUGGAGUUUACGGCUAGGUCUGGUGUUCCUCAGGGCUCAAAUCUAGGCCCCCUACUAUUUGUUAUCUUCUUGAAUGACCUUCUAGACAAAUUUUCAUCAAGCGUACUAGCUUAUGCGGAUGAUCUGAAACUAUUCCGACCUAUUUUUGCGGACCGUGAUGUUGUCAGUCUUCAGUCGGAUUUGGACGUCUUGGUGGAAUGGUGUAACCGUUAUCAGCUAAAGAUUAAUGCCAAUAAGUGCGGUGCAGUUAGUUUUACACGCAAGCUGUCUCCUCUUCCAUCUUCUUAUUAUAUAGAAGGUGUUCUUCUUGAGAAAUUAUCUACAAUCAAGGAUCUGGGAGAAACUUUUGACCGCAAAUUGUCUUUUGUACCUCACAUCGAAAAUAUUGCAUCUUCUGCAGCGAGGAUGCUUGGUUUCGUUUUGCGCAGCUCGCGUGCUUUUUCUGAUAUCGGUGUGUACAAGACCCUAUUUUCGACCUUUGUAUUGUCCAAAUUGGAAUAUGGC